GCGGUUGUUUCACGCAAUCGGGCACUUCCAUCUCCUGGAAACACCCGCCUCUUUGGUUCCCACCCCAACAAACAAAGCUCAGAUGGAGAAAUCCCUCCCUUCAGUAACAGCUCCGUCUCCGGCCAGCUGAUCCUCAUCACUUAGCUGGGCUGGUUUUAUUAAAUCAAACUCCUGUGAGCCGGUUAUUGCAUUUUUCUUAUCUAAAAGUGACGCUUUGUUAUUUCAGCCAUUGCGCAACAGCAACGUUAGCUAGCUGCCACUGCCAGUAAACAGCCGCCGGUUGGUCGGUCACCGGCUAUACUUCAAACAGGUUCGACAACUCGGAUGACAGUCCCGGUUCGGCUCGGUUCCUGGACGGAGAUCAGAUGUUAACGAAGAUUUUUUGAUUCAAACUAGCUACAAGUUAACAUGAGUGCGAUGCGUGUGGAUGCCAAAGUGGUGAUGCUAGGAAAGGAGAGCGUGGGGAAGACCAGCCUGGUGGAGAGAUAUGUCCACCAUCGCUUCUUGGUCGGCCCGUACCAGAACACUAUCGGUGCUGCUUUUGUUGCCAAACCAAUCCAAGUGGGAGAGAAGGUGAUCACCCUGGGAAUAUGGGACACAGCGGGAUCAGAGCGAUAUGAAGCCAUGAGCAGGAUCUACUACAGAGGAGCUCGUGCAGCCAUCGUCUGCUAUGAUCUGACUGACAGCAGCAGUUUCCAGAGAGCUCGGUUCUGGGUGAAGGAGCUGCAGAACUGCGAGGAACACUGUAAGAUCUACCUGUGCGGCUCUAAGAGCGACCUGAUCUCACAGGACCGCAGUCUGCGCCAAAUCGACUACCACGACGCUCAGGACUUUGCUGACGAGAUUGGUGCCCAGCAUUUUGAGACCUCCAGUAAAACAGGAACUAACGUGGAUGAGUUGUUCCAGAAAGUUGCAGAGGAUUACAACAGCAAUGCCUUCCAGGAAAUGAAACAGGAAACAAGCGUGGACUUGAGCCAGAAGAAGGACUCAUAUUUCUAUUCCUGUUGCCAUAACAACUGAGGAAGAGGAAGGGAAACGGACCUGUUCGCCUCACUUCCGGUUGGAUGAAAAACCUGGAUUUUAUGCUGGAUACAUUUGAUGGGAAACUCUGCUCUGGAGCUGUGAUCCAAGUCACAAAAUACCAAGUUGCACAAUGUUUUUCAAUAGGUUUCUUUUGUGCCAUUAAAAAAAAAACAACUGACGGCUGCAAAACUUUAUGGAAGAAGAUCUGCUAGAGGCUGUCACUGGCUGUGAGGGAUGGAAACAACAGAACACUUUACCCAGCGAUGUCCUUGUUCUUCCGUAGCUUCUUCUGGAUUGGACCACAGAAGUAAAAAAAGUGAUUGUUUGCAGAGAUCGAGGAGGGUGACUGGUUUUUGUUCAGCUAUUUAACCUUGUUGUCUGUUAUUCCUGCACAACCUGACAGGAGUGGAGUGAAGCAAGCUGGAUCUAAAAAACCAAACACUCCAAUGUUCCCGUUUACAGAAGCCCUGAGAGGCCGAUGAGAAAAACUAAGUCUGGUGAGACAACUCUUGACAUCUGAUCUAAAUACGUUUCUCUCUAUGACUAGAGGGAAGGUGGAGGAAAAUAAGGUCUUGCAGCAUUUAAGAUCCCUUUUGUAAAUGUAUUUUAGUUGGGGAAAAGGGUUUCUUAAAGUUACCAAAAAGGUUAUCAUCUUUGUAAAAGCAUAACCUCUUGUCCCCCCUAUCUAUCGUAACUUAUGAAACAAGGAAGAAAACGAUUUCGAUCAGACCUUAAAAGAAGUCUCACCAGUGCAUGAAUGAAAUGAUACGAAUGAUAUGAAUUGAUGCCUUACUACCCACAAAUUGUCCAUCAUUUUGCAGAGUGCUGGCUCUUUAACGUUUACAAAAACAUUCUGGAUGUAUCGAUAACAAGCAGGGGUCACUCGUGGUACUGCAGAAAUAAAAAAACACUGCCGCACCUAAAAGCUUUUUCUGGUGAGACUGCCGUUAUAAAAGAGACGUCUAUAAGACUAUUGACAACGCAUAUGUUAAUGUCUGAAUAGCCCUCCAAGUCAUCCCAAUGUAACGUUGGUGGGAUGUACUGAAGUUGGUAAGAAAUGUGGUUAUGCACUUUCUUUCAAAUGAAUGGCCGCCAUCUUUGUAGUCCAGUUUAAUGUGCCUAUAAUACAUCCACAGUGACGACAUGUUUCUGGCACAUCAUCUUUUGCAGAAUAAGCUAUGAUUCUGAUUUCACUUGAUGCCAAAAUCUCUGUAAUUCAACUGCAUGACCUGAGCAGACUGAAAGCACAUUUUAACGUUUGCUUUUCCACAUUUAAACUCUAAAAUUAUAUUUUGUCAUUUCAAAUGCAUAGAGCACAUAUGGAAACGUGACUGGCAAAUAUUCGUUCAGUCUGUUGCUUCAGUGACAUGUUCCUUUUUGAAGCUUUUAAGAAACACUUAAGUUCCCCUCCACUAUGGUGAAAAACUGCAGAUUUCACCAACAGGAGAAAAGCCGUUGUGGGUGAAUGUGGAAACAUGUCCUCUCGAUGUCCUCAGAACAAUCUGUACAGCUGUCUCACUUCAGGACUCUAAUUUAUUGCCUUUUUAAGUUAUGCUGCCUGGAAGACGUGGGGAAAUAAAAGAUAACUGUUUCUCCGUGUCGCUGCUU